GGCCAUGUCAAGUAAGAGAGCCAUAAGAAACUAGAACUCAAAUACAAGAAUUCUGUUCAGUUCCAGACAAAUUUCAAUGGCAUCACUUCAGUGCCAAAAGCCAGUUGCACAACAAACUGUCUGCCAGAAAACCACCAACACUGUCACUUGCCAUAAGGCGAAUGAGCACCACUCUUUGGCUGAAAAAAUGAAAGAGAUUACAACCAAGAUGUUCCACCACGAGAACCACGGUCAGCAAUCUGCCUGCCAUGGGGCAAAAACUCAACAAUCGGCAUGCCAUGGCACCACUGCUAUGCAUGGAGGUCAUGCUAACCAUAGCCAGCAGACUGCAUGCCAUGGAGCCAAAACUCAACAUUCAGCAGGCCAUGGCUCCACUGCUAUACACGGAAAUCAUGGUAGCCACGGCCAGCAGACUGCAUGCCAUGGAGCCAAAACUCAAAAUUCAGCAGGCCAUGGCUCCACUGCUAUACACGGAAAUCAUGGUAGCCACGGCCAGCAGACUGCAUGCCAUGGCGCAAAAACUCAACAUGCAGCAGGCCAUGGUUCCACUGCUAUUCAUGGAUAUCAUGCUAACGGCCAGAACACUGCAUGUCAUGGUGCCAAAACUGUUGGACAUGGUCCCACUGCUAUUAAUGGAAAUCAUGCUAACGGCCAGAACACUACAUGCCAUGGCGCCAAAACUCAGCAUUCAGCAGGCCAUGGCUCCACUGCUAAGCAUGGAAAUCAUGCUAAGGGCCAGAACACUGCAUGCCAUGGCUCCACUGCUACACACGGAAGUCAUGGUAGCCACGUCCACAACCAGCAGACUGUGUACCAUGGCUCAAAGAAGGAAGGGGGUAUCAUGCAUAAGAUAGGUAAUCAGCUGAAGACCAUGAGGCAAAAGAAGAACAGAGAUGGACGCUGCAGAGAUGGCAGUGACAGCAGCAGUGAUGAGAGCGACAAUGAGAACUGUGGAAGGAACAAGAGGGAGAGCUGCUGAAGAAGUAAGCUGCAAUAAUCAAGUGAGUAAGAGACAGAAGCUAUACCACUAAUGAACUUCUGUUUCUCAAUAAUUAUGUACUUUAAUCAAGAGAGAGAGAGGUGUGCUAUGUGUGUGUCGGUGAGAGAGUGGGUGUGCUGCAUGAAUAAAUGCAAAUACUUCUACUGUACCUAUUACCUAUGGCUUACCUGGCCUAUCAAGUAAUGAAAUAAACUUGUGAGAA